GUCUGUCUCUUACCACCACUGGCGUGCUGCCAGGCCAUCUCUUCUCCGUCGCUCUUUAGUCCUGCCUCUCAUUUGUCUCGUCUGAAUGCGGUCUCUGCUUCCCUUCACUCUGCUCUGCUUGCUCCUCGAUGCCCACGCUGUGCAUGCUCUCAGAUUCCCAGUCUCCACGCGCACAUCUGCCGGACGCCGCUCAGCCUCUGGCAGCCUGGGUGCGCGUUCCUCCGAUACCCUUCUCCCCGUGAAGAAUACCCAGAACUCGGAAUACAUCACCAACAUCACGCUCGGAGGCAGAGAGAUACCCGUGCUUCUGGAUACUGGGAGCUCUGAUCUGUGGGUGACGGGAGACGUCCCCGACGUGACUGAUCUCGGUGUCUCCGAGUCUCUGUCUUACGCUGUCGGGACCGCAAGUGGCGAUGUCAACACGGCUACGCUGCAGUUUGGCAACUACACCGUAGACAACCAAGCAUUCUUGCUCGUCAAGAACAUUUCCUCAUUUUCUGUCAACAUCGCCGCCGAGGGCUAUGACGGCCUUAUCGGGCUCGGGCCCAACACCGGCUCCGUUAUACGUGACAAGGUCGGCGAUUCGCGCGGCGACAGCGUGCUGGACCGCAUCUUCCAGCAGAACACGUCCUCGUCCAACUACAUGACUGUCCUCCUGAACCGCUUGGGCGACCCCUCGAGCCCAUCUCAGGGCCAGAUGUCCAUCACGGAGAUCAUACCCGGCUACGAGAACAUCACCAACAUGGCGAAGCUGACCGUGGAGAAGGUGCACAAGCUGACGGACCUCGACCAGCACUGGCAGGUAUACACCGACAAGAACGGCGUGAUUGGCCCGGACGGGCAGCCAAUCGAGGUGGACUCCAUCGUCCCGUCCGCCCCCGACGGCCAGCUUGUCGUGGUGUUUGAUUCGGGAUAUACGCUCCCGCAAGUGCCUCGAGCCAUGUCCGAUGCCAUAUACGGCCGAGUUCAGGGCGCCGAGUAUAACUCGGAAGUGGGCGUGUGGACGAUCCCGUGCACGCAGAUGCUGAACAUCAGCUUCCAGUUCGGCGGGGUCAACUACCCUAUCAGCCCGCUGGACACAUCGAGUAGUGAAUUCGACAUGAUCAAUGCAGCGGGCGAGACCGUUUGUGUAGGAGCGUUCCAACCGAUCAGCUCUGCAUUCAGCUUGCUCGGUGAAUAUGACAUCAUCCUGGGCAUGUCCUUCCUCCGGAACGUGUAUGCCCUGUUCGAUUACGGCAACUUCGUCGAGGACACGAGCUCCGACCUCGGCGACCCCUUCAUCAAGCUCCUCCCUACUACCAACCUCACCGCCGCCCACUCAGCCUUCGUGCAAGUACGACUGAGCGGCGUCGACACCACCGGGUCUUCCUCCCAGUGGCUACUCCCUAGCUCUGAGAUGCAGCACUCGCCCGAGACCGAGGCAGAGAAGAAAGCACAGUACGAAGAGUACGUGCUCAGCCGCUGGCCCGAGAUCUUCGUCGGCUGCCUCGCGUUUGUGCUGAUCGUCAUCGGGAUCAUCAUCUGGCGCUGCUGCGUGCGCCGCAAGCGCGCGCGCGCGAAGGCGGCGGGGCUGCUCCCGACGAGCGCCAAGGACGGCAGCGGCGCGCAGCCGUACCGGCAGCUGGCGGACCCGUCGACCGCGACGCUCGUGGACAUGCAGAGCAUGGAGGGGAAGCACGCCGAGUAUGCGCGCGGCUCGUACGCCUCGAGGUGAGUGGCGGGCGACGCGACGGCCCGCGGUGUGUCCGUGGGGGACGGCCUUGGGGGACAUUGCUUUGCCUAUGUGGACAGGAUGUCUUAGUACGCUCAUGUUGUAGCCCGCCGGAAUCUCUAGUCGACUGCACGUAUUUUUGUGCUAUAAUGCCAUCACUUUGUGCCUUGUGCGU